AUGGGUCAAGAUAAAAUAAAAAGUCCACCAAAAAUUCUGGAUGAAACAUUAAACUUUACUAAAUCUGAUAAUAUUCAAAAUAUUUCUACUAAGAGUGAACAAAGUGAUAAAAAAUAUGUAUGUAAACAUACUGGAUGUAAUGCAGCAUAUUUUAAACAAUCUCGAUUAGACAGACAUAUAAGAUUACAUACAGGAGAAAGGCCUUAUAAAUGUGAUUAUCCUGAAUGUAUCAAAGCUUAUACUAAUUCUAGUCAUUUGAAAAGACAUAUGGAAGUGCAUAAUCCUACAAAGAAAAGAUUACAAUGUAGCAAAUGUUCUCUAAUGAUCAGUAAUUAUCAUAAUCUAAAACGUCAUUAUACACGUGUACAUAAUAAUGAUAACAUUUUAACAUGUAAUGAGUGUAAUGCAGUAUUUAGUAAAAAGCAUCAAUUAGUUCAGCAUAUUGCUAUACAUUUUGAUGUGACUUCAUACAAAUGCAGUAAAUGUAAUAAGGGAUACUUAAAUAUAAAACGAUUGAAACGUCAUGAAACAAUGCACGAAAAAGGACAGAAAAGUUAUCCUUGUCAAAUUGUACAAUGUUCUGAAGUUUUUGAUAAAUGGGCUUUACUUUGUAAACAUAAAAAAACACACCAUAUUAAUGAUUAUAAAUGCGAUCAAUGUGAGAAAGCAUUUUCAACUAAAACUCGUUUAAAAAUCCAUUCCAAAAUUCAUGAAAAAUCUAGACUUCUAAUAUCUUGUCCAUAUAAAGAUUGUGAAAGAUCGUCAGAGAUUUAUUUGUGA